GCAGCAACGGAUCUGUUGCGCGAGCAGGGGGAGCCUACGGAGGGACUCACAGAAGCUGCAAUGCUGAGGCGACUUGCGGGCAGUUCGGUUCGUGGUAGAUUGGGUCUCUGGCUCCUGGUGGCUCUGGGCUGCAUUGUAACGGCAUUUGUUCUGCACAGGACGACGCCAGAGUUCAAGAGGACGACCGGGUGGGGGACACCCAUCGUGUGGAGCGACACGCUCGACCCCGCCCAGGUGGACAGCCAGGAUGCGGGUGGCACGCCCUUCCGCGUGGUCGUCACCGUGUUCGCCAUCGGACGAUACCUGGACAAAUAUUUGCCUAGAUUUUUGGAAACGGCAGAACGAUAUUUCCUGCUGGGCCAUGAGGUCACGUACUUCGUCUUGACAGACUUUCCCUCAUAUGUACCUGUGAUUGACCUCGCACCCGGAAGAUCUCUCGUCUCAAUUAAGGUCAAGAAGCAGGCACGGUGGCAGGACAUUUGCAUGGACCGCAUGAAGACCAUCGGCGACCUUGUCGAGAGCACCCUGACGGGCCUAGCCGACUACGUCUUCUGCUUCGACGUGGACCAAUACUUCACGGGCCCGUGGGGCCCGGAGGUGCUGGGGGACACCGUAGCAGUGAUCCACGCGGGAUUUUUCUCAAAGGGGCCGCUCACUUUCCCGUACGAGCGGCGGCCCAAGUCGGCAGCCUACAUCGCGCACGGGGAGGGGGACUUCUACUACCACGCCGCCGUGUUCGGGGGCUGCUGCUCAGGCGUGGUGAACGUGACGCGAGGGAUCUUUCGGGGCAUCGUCCGCGACAGGGAGAAGGGGAUCGAGGCGAUCUGGCACGACGAGAGCCACCUGAACCGCUACUUUUUUGACAACAAGCCGAGCAAAGUGCUCUCCCCCGAAUACUCCUGGGAUCCGUCGAUGAGGUUGAAGGAUGUGCCCUCUGUACGAAUGACGUAUUGGCCGAAAGAAUACAAAAAGGUUCGGGAACACCCAUAGAAUUGCACAAAUAGGUGUAGGCUAUUUCCUUAUUCGCCACCUUGCUAGCUUGCAUAGUCAAAGAUGAUCGCACUCAGGAUGGGCUGGCAAAAAUACAACUCCUUAAUAAGAAUGAUAAACGGGAACAACCGCAACUCACGCCAUACAUCCCACCCUCGUCCAAAACGGCAGGAAGACAAUGGCUCCGCCAACUUUUACCAUAACGACAAAUGUAAGUUGUCUACGCAGGGAAGGAAAGUACUAAAUUAUAAUAUUUCCACGACCUUUGUUGACCAGGGACCCACCAGGUUUUCCUAGCAAGGGUGAUGUCUCCCUGUGUAUUUCCAGUUGAGCCAUAUGCAGGUAACCGUUCAGCAUUUGAUGUUUGCUUCAUAACUGUAGACACACUUUCUAUUAGCACAGUUGGCUAUGCACGGCGCGAAAGAAGUUCAACAUACAUACGUACGUACACGAAUUGCAUAUUUUAUUUAAACGGUGAAUGUAACAAGUACAGUAUUAUUAUUACUCCUGGUAAAUGUCAAAGGCGCUCGCUGGGAUGCGAGACAUUCGAUGUAGAGGCCAACUGAAAUUCCGUUUAGGUUUCGGCGCCGAAAGUUGGCAAAUGGACACUUUCGGCAUACUUUCGGUUUCGGCCGAAAGUCAAUUUUUUACUUUCGGUUUACUUCGGUUUCGGCUGAAAAUCAAUUUUUUACUUUCGGUCUGGUUUCGGUUUCGGCCGAAACUGAUAUUGACUUUCGGUCGUCAACCGAAGAUCUAUUUUUAGAAUAUAACGCUAGUGCUAAGUCUAUCAGCCGGUCAGUCGGCGCUAGGCGAUAGGCUGCAUACAUACACACACGUCAGCAGCAGCUUGCGAGUGAGGUUACAGCCGCAAUGAUUGUUUUGGGCCGUCAAUAAAUGACGUCACGCACCUGGGGGGGGGCAGCGACUGCGUAGCGAUUUGCGCGCUGCGCUACGAACCCAGCGGCCCGAGUUCGAUUCCCGCUCACGGCCGGUGACGAUUAUUUGAACCUGUCCUGGGCCUCCCCUAGGUCGACUCAGCCUCAAACGAGUAAGUGGUGUGGUAUGUCAACAUCGCUACUGGGGAGACAAAGGCGGCCGGCCGUGGUGAAUCCAAGUCCCGGGCAAAGCCGGGUAGUAAAGCUAGUAUUUCAUAAAUCUUGUGUUCGCUAACUUCGGUUAUAUACCUUUCUGUUUCGGUCUUGGUCGAAAGUGAAGUUAAACUUUGGUUUCAGCUUCGGUUUCGGCCGAAAGUGAAGUUAAACUUUCGGUUUCGGCCGAAAGUGAAGUUAAACUUUCGGUUUCGGCUUUGGUUUUCGCCGAAAGUAAAUUUUUAACUUUCGGUCUGGUUUCGGUUUCAGCCGAAACCAGAAAUUCAGUUUUGGUCGGCCUCUAAUUCGAUGACCGUACUCCUGCAUCAUCUCAACUGUGACCGAGACAAGGAGGUUCCCGAAGAAGCUCCCAGUCGACUGAGCGAUCCGCUCAACAACACGCAGUGCAACCCCAAAAACAUAAUCGGAGAGAUAUGUAUUGAUCAUGUGAGUACAAUUCAUCUGUUAUUAUUUUGUUUGCAGUGCAAGUGUGUGUGUGUGGAAUAGACACGUGUUGUUAAUGUGACACCGCCUUUGUGAACAAAAUAAAAAAAAAUGGAGUGGGGGGGGGGGGGGAGACCGGUUCUACGUCACCUUGCAUCGCACAGGGGUAGCUGUUAUCAGGGGGCCCCUAGAUUAAAUUUUGCUUGAACGCUGGUGUCACGUGAGCCCCUGGUGGCGAAAGGGAGUUGAGGGCCGGAAUUUGGAGAGAUAAUUCGCUCACUUGAACGGAAAAAUAACUGUUACUCGCAUGAACUCUGUUCGCAAGGGGACAAAGGUAUUGACGUAAACGAUGAGGUGCAAACACACAAUGCCAGGCACGUGAGACGUGACUGCGUGCAAACCAACAUCUCCAAUGGGUGGAGGCUCCCAGCUGGGUCCAUCAGCCGAUCUGAUCGAUUAUUCGACUAAGAAUUGCUAUUGGCUACUUAUUUUUUUGGUCGAUGACAGGCGCCUUUAAAAAAAAUGUCAGCCGCCCCAAAUUCCUGCCUCCUGAAGGCGGGACACCCCAACAAGCCACUCCCAAUGUGACGCGACUGAUGAUGAUGCUUUAUGACGUCAUCACCCCUCCCCCCCCCAUAUCACCUCCCGUCCAGCGAUACACGUGGGAACGGAGGAGAGACUUCCUCCACUCCCCCCCCCCCCCAGCUAUUUUUGCGGUAUCGAGCAAUAUAAACGAUAGUCAGUAGAUUAAAUGGGUUAAUUACAUUACUUAAGUAAUCGGGAAUCCCAGCUGUAGCGGAGUUGGAACUGCGCUUCCCUGUCAAUCGAGGCACGAGUGACACCUGGAGGUGCAAACUGAGAAUGUCUCUAAAAGAGAAUGACGACAUUCGUUUAAACGACGCCACGACACCUUGGGAGAUGGCUGCCGAAUUGGCUACCGAAGCGAGUGGAUAAAAUGGCUGCCGUGUUAUAGCGCCGCCAUGUGGUACACGCGCGUCAUCGCCUGUGUGCGUUGGCAGUGGCUGUGAUGGCGAUGUCGCCAUGACCUCGUGGAGUUGUGCGUGGGAGACCUUGAAGACGUGACCAGAAGCGCCCGUGCUGUUUGUCCGUGUGGCCGAUCGGGUGUCUCUGGCACCGUGAGAGCUGCAGGGCUCCCCGUGGACUUGUGCGAGUGAGCACGGGGCAAUGAGUCGGUGGCGGCGAUUGCUGCACGGCACGGCGGUGCGAGCUGGGUAGAGUGAUCGUUACUGGGCAGGAUUUACAACACAGCAAUGAUAACCUUCCAGCUGACGACAAACAACUGGAAACAGAAUAUUUAUUUAUAAUGGAGGAAUCCGAUGAGCUAUAAAGCUCUUUUUCACAGAUGUCAAGUAGGGGCGGGUCAGAAAGUAACAACCACAAGCAAUACAAAAACACGAUAGGAGAGCAAAGUAUAGGAAAGGUGAACAAAUCACUAAAACAAUGAAAAUAUUCACACAAAAAUAAAACGAAACUGGUUUCUCCAGUUAAACAAAACACGGCAGGGCAUUAUGGUUUCUCAGCUGCUCCUCUUGUAACUAAAUCGAGUGAGUGAAAAGAUUGUUCUCAAGAGUUUCCACACUUUUUACAAGGUCGGUUGCUUUGUCAACUUGUGCUGCACAGGGGCAGCUGUCAUCAGCCGGUCCCCUAGGCAAGCAAAAAAAAAACCACAAACUGCAGCUGGGCGCUGGAAUGAUUGUGAAUGUCACGCGAGGCGCUUUGAGAUGUGGAGGCGAAUUUAUAAAGCGCCGUGUGUGCACAGAUCCUGAUCACACGUUAUAAUAUAGUCCUGCACGCCUUGCAGGUCUUUCCUAUGCGAAUUUAAUUUGUAAAUUAUGCUGUCAUGAAGUAAAAUCCCAUAAAAUAAACUUAUUUGCACAGUCA